GUAUAUAAAGUCCUCCGAAGACUAAGAGAUAUAGGCCUCAACCUAGACCUUAAGAAAUAUAUAUUUAUAGUAAAGGAAGUUAAGUAUCUAGAGUAUAUUGUAGAAGUAGAGGUCUAUAUUCACCUUAACCCUAAGAAGAUUAAGGCUAUCUAUAACUUCCUAGGAUUUACUAAUUUCUAUUGUAACUUUAUCCCUAACUUCUCU